GAGACUGGAUGAGUGGAAUGUCAGUCUACUUUCAGCGUUCAUGUGUAACGGUUGUGCCUGUCUGGCGAAAGUUUUCCGAAUCUUUUGAAAGUUGUCCUCUGCGGAUGCGGAUGUGUGUAUUAUUUCUUUAAAUUCUUUCGUCGAUUUCGUUGGUGGUGAGAUUAGCUGGACGGGAUGAGGGUUUAGGUGAAUCGGUUGCCCGAUAGUGUUGUUGUUUUCGCUGUUGAGCGAGCGGGGUUCGUCGUGCGGUGCCACGUGAAGUUCGCCUUGUGCGGCCGGCGGGUGUAAUUUUUUUUGUAUGAAGUUAGUUCGCUAAAAUAUCAAAGGCCGUGCAGUGAGCAAAACGGUACUCAUAGUGAAGCCCAGUGUUUGUGGUGAUCGCGAUCUUAACACGAUCCAAGCUGGAUCGAAGUGACGCACGGUGGUGAGCAGGAAGAAGGGUCGGAGAUUUCACCCUGUUCUGAUAACUGGAUGUCCUAAAAAAAGUUCAACAGGUUAUAUCGGAUUACAGCGAAGAUCGUCGAACGGUGACUUGGGCCGACAAAACUAUUGACCGGGAAGGAUACUCGUUCUGCAAGGACUGAUAGAGACUACGCUCGUUUUUUUCCCGCUGCAUUCUCGAGGAGCAAACUUUCCUAACGAAGUGUCUGUGCUGUUUCAUCGCGUGCCACUUCCGGGAUUCGCUGUGCGCGAAACGUUCCGGCAGAUCCACCGGAAACGGGUGAACAAUCAAAAACGAAUAAAUUUCCGCUGGUUCGCGAUAUUCUGUCCGUCUGUAGAGAGUCUCUCUAGUGGUUUGGAAUCGUGGUGGGAGGUAGCGAAAAGCAAUUACCUUUUUUUGCGCAGGAAAAACUAAUAAAAUCCCGUGGAAGGAAAUUAAAACUAAACAAACCAAAGUAGAGCGGUGUGUAUGCGGAGGUAAUCAUAAAAUAAGCUGCAAAGCAGAACAAGUCGUCCUUUCGAAGUGCACUCCUAAGCGUCGCCAAUUCUAUGCAAUCUGGACCCGAGUAGUGAGCUGAGGAUUUUUUUAUUUUCCUACCAAUUUUCAACCGUUGCGACAAAGUGAACCGUGAAGAGCUCUCCGUCGUCCGAGAAACGGUGUAGAAAUUCGCAACGUCCAGUGCAGUGAUUACGAAAAUCAACGUUACAAUCGCAAGAGACGUAUCCCUGCAAAGUGCAUGUCACAUAGAGUCACGUGAAAGAAAGAAAAAAUCGUCAACUAGUCGUGCCAAUUGCAAAUACCUAUCCGUCCGUCUGUACAUAUCGUUGGCAGAUGUUUAAAAGUGAAAACUUUCAAAACGCAAAGUGACAGUCAGUGUUUCCCUUCUUCCGCAGCAAAGGAAACAAACUAGCUACCGUACGGAUACGGCAUAUCGCUGCGGUAAGCCAGCAACAGCUCGGUAGAGUCAGCUGUCGCGAGGAAAAGGUUGAGUGAUGAUAAUGAACGUGAUAUGAACGCUCUGAAGAUUUUACUCUUCCAAAAGUAAUACGAGAAACCGUAUCUAAUUCGCAACAUCGAGGGGGGAAACAGAAUCCACCGCGCGACAACCCGGAGCAUAAAUUAUUAGCAUGAAUUCCUACCGGCAAACGGUACACCGAGGGACCAUAAAAGUCACCGCCAGCAGCAGCAGCAGCAGUGUUAGCGCAAGUGUUAUAAUUUACAACCUGUACGGUAACAAUCACAUUGUUUGAAGGAAGAAGAAAGAGAAGAAGUAGAAGAAGAAGCAGGGCUAAAAACAACCCACAAUUCUGCAGUACAUAGAAAGGGAAAAUCAUUAAGUGUUUGUGAUUUACAAUUUCGACCCAAACAAGUGUAAAUAGUCAAACAGCAACAGAAGAGAAAAAAAAGCCAAGCCGCCGGAGGGAAAGAAAAGUUUCGAGUUGUUUUUGUGAAUGAGUUGUCUUUGUUAUUGUUGUUGUUAUAAUUAUUGAUGUUAUCGUGGUCGUUGUUGUUGUUGCACAGUAAACGCCAUUGUAAAUAAUCGGAUUCGCUGAACCGUUGUGGCAAAGUUUUGACCGCCGGAAUCGAUCAACCAAAUCCGGUUCCAGCUAGUCGGUGUGUAUCUGCUGUAUCCGCUCUUCUGGUGCAACAAAGUUGCUGUGAGAAGAAUAGGAGAAGCUAAGCGAAAAUUUAAUGAGCAAGAAGUUGUGAAGCGUUCGCAAAGUUCAUCAACAGAGCAAAAAGUGAAACAAAAGCAGCGACAAAAAGUUGCAUUCAGCUGAGCCCGAGCGGUGAGUUGUCUGACGACGGGGCGACAUACAAGUGCAGAGGAGCGAAAGUGAAAGAGUGUGGGGGAGACAGAAAAGUUGUCAUCGUAUUCAUACAGAGAGUUGUGAAAUAGUUAGCCGUCAACAUGGAAACCGAGGAAAUUAUCAAAUUGGUGGAUGGGAUUUAUAAGAACAUCCUGGACAAGUUCAACCCCGGAGCGCGACAGUUGAUCAGCGCCGGUAAGGCCUACCUGAAGGCGCUUCAUGGAGCAUCCGCAGCUUCCAAUCUGUUCAACGAGGCGCUGGCCAAAAUCGCUGUCAACGCACAGCAAGGCGGAACCAUCGAUGUCGGUUCCGCCCUGAUGAACAUCGUCGGAGUGUACAAAGAGAUCCAGGACCAGCACAUGAACAUUCUGAAGGCUUUCUACGUGGACCUGUUGGUACCGCUCGAGACCAACCUGGAGAAGGACACCAAGGUGGUGCAGUUCGAGCAGAAACGGUUUCUCCAGCAGCAUAAACUACGCUCGGACAGCUACAGCAAGGCGGCGGCCACCAUGAAAAAGUACCGCAAGAAAAGUACCUCCAAGAGCUCGCCGAAAGAUGCCGAGAAGGAGAUCCGGAGCAUCCAGAGCUUCGAGGAGGAAAAACAUAAACUGGACCAGUUUUGUGAGUUGAGUUUGAAAAAUGCAAUGACCCAGGAGCGCCGACGGUACGGGUUUGUGCUGGAACGCCAAUGUUCACUGGCCAAGCACUGGAUGGCGUAUCACCACUCGGGACACUUGAUCAUCGAAAAGUCGCUGGAAAAUUGGAAUGAAGUUGCGGCCACACGUGAGUUUUUGCCAUCGAAUGUUGAGAACAUGUUUAUCUCGAAACAGCUGAAGGACAUCGAAGACGACGAUGACGAUGCUCAGUCGAUUGCUUCCCAGUUGCGCAAGACCCGUUCCAUUGAUGCUUCGUGUUUGGAUAUGCGCUCGCUGGGGGAUGUCGUGAAUAGUACGAUGAUGCAAAUGCCCCGGGCUAAGUCAGAAUUUAAUUUGAACAACAGCACCAGUACCAGUGUGAGCACGUUGGUUGGCGUGAUGAGUAGCUCGGGUGGCCCGGGGGGACACAUGAUGAGCUCGACCAUGAACAACGGUGACGGCAGCCAGUGGGAAAGGCCAACCGUGAAGGCACUGUACGCGUAUUUGUCCUCCGGUGAGAAUCAACUCAGUUUUCUAGAGGGCGACCGAAUCGCACUGGUCGGAGAUCGUGCCAAGGGCUGGCAGUUUGGAGAAAAUCUGCGCACGCAAAAGUUCGGGUGGUUCCCGAUUGCGUACGCAGAAAAUGAACGGGAUGAUAAGGAGAGCAUAAAUGAAUGGGUUAAAGCGCCGCCCAGUGAAAUCGAGGUCGAAAACACACCGGAUUCAUCGUUGGAGAGCACGCUGGUGGAUGAGCAUAUGCCAAAGGGGAACAACUCAUACCACGAAGACGCUUCACCGACCCGCAUGUUCGGAGAUACCAUUCAAUAUCGUCAGUCGAAACAAUUCCGCCGGUUGUCCCGUGGAGAAAAGCCUCCGAAACCGGGACCACCACCGCAACUUCCAGCACCGGUUCCAACGCCAGUCGUGCCUAACUACAGCAAAUCGCAAGGAAUACCCCAGUCCAGUAGCUUCUCCUCGGUGGGUGGAGCUCCGUUGGUCGAAAAGCGGAAGACCCCUUCGGCAACGAUGAAUUUUAACAAACCGCCACCGUCGAGCAAACCGAAACCAGCACGUAAUGGAAUUGCCAGUGCCUCACUGCAUAGCAGCAACGACAGUGGUUUUUCGAAUGAACCACAGCCGCAACCGGAACCGGACCUGUACUCGGACGAGGAAACGGUCAACCGGGUGCCUAUCAGAUCCUCCCGCUCGGAGAAAAACCUCUCGUCGCCCCGCUCGAUGGAACGUGACAUGAGCGAACAUCGUUCGCCGCAUCGUCGCUAUGGCGGAGCACAGAAUGGCGACCACGACGCCGAUGACGACGACAUCUAUGGAACGAUAGUGCCACCGCGCCGCCAACACCCGAACAUGAUGCGACAAGCCAACAGCUUCGGUAACAUUGCUGAAAGCAACAGCGGAACGCUGGAGUACGGCUAUCGCUCCCGCACUCGUAUGUCCGACGGUAACACCAAUCAGAGCGAUUCGCAGAAGAUCAAACGAACCAAGUCGUUCUGGAAGUUCUCCAAGUCGGAGGAUCACAUCCUAGAGGGGAUGGCAAUGUGGAAGCACAAUGACAUCAUUCCAACCGGGCGUGAGAAACGCGAGAUGGAGAAAAAGGAAGCGACUCUGAAGAGGAACAUGCGCAAGAAGGAACAGAUGGAGAAGCAGAAGCAAAAAGAAAUGGUUGCCGCCAAGGAGAUUGAGGAAGCUAGGAAGAAAGAAAUCGCGAGAAGCGUGGAGAGCAGUACACUGAUGAGAAACCGAGAACGCGAACGUGAACGAGACCGAGAUCGGGAUCAGGACAGAGAGCGUGAACGAGAACGAGAUCAUCGGGACAGGAUGAGAGAACAGAGACCACACAGCAUUGCAGUGAUGCCCGAGCAGGAAAAGUUCCCGAUCACCAAAUCGGAUAUUGACAAGAGGAUUUCGAAACUGGACGAGAUGAAUCAGCAGCACCAGCAACAACAGCAGCAACAAUCUAAAAAACCCAGUCAGGCCAAACCGGAUCGAGAACGUCAAGAUCGACAGGAUCGUCAAGAUCGGCAGGAUCGUCAAGAUCGACAGGAGCGUCAAGAUCGGCAAGAGCGUCAAGAUCGCCAAGAGCGUCAAGAUCGCCAGGAACGUCAAGAGAGACAGGAACGCCACGAAAGAGAUCGUCGUCAAGAAGAAUCUGAUCGCAAGCCAUCUAAAUCAAACAAGAACGAUCCCAAUAACAACCACAACAACAGCAACAACCGCAGCACUUAUAACGAUCGAUUGGAGCAAGAGGAGCAGAUUUAUGGAGAUUCAAUGCAAAUGAUGCCGAAGGGAAAAGAUAAAUACAGAACGUCCGAACGAGAAACUAACAAAAACAGAAAUAACAACGCUCUGAACAAGUACUACCAAGAUCAACACUUUGAUGACUUCGCGAUCAUUCCAGGAGAUUCGAUAAUGAUUCGGGAUACCAGCUUCUACGAUGACGAUGGGAUGAUGGAUGAUAUGAUGCUUAUGAAGACCGUUCGUCGGAAGGAAAUCCUCAAGCAGUACUAUUCCAGCGGUACGGACACAGAGCGGAACUCGUCCAGUUCAGAUCCAUACGACUGUAUUGUGGUUGAUGAUCACCUAGUCUCCGCCGCCGACAUGAUGAUGAGAAAGAACCGAGGCGAGAAGAUCCGCGAUGCCCGGAAAUCCAACGGUGAAGGUAACCGAAUGGAGCAAAAGAAACCGGAAGAGAAGAUGCCGUUUUCGACCUUUCGCAGCACCGCCGUCGAUGAGGACGAAGCCAUGAUGAUGAUCGAAGACGAAAUGAUUGAAGAACCGCGAGAACGCCGAUCGAAGCUGUCGAAGGCGAACAGUGCCGGCCCGAUUAUGGACUCGAUGAAGUACGAGUCGGAGCAGGAAUCUAGAAUCAGUGCGAAAGUUACCAGCAAUGGAAAUCAGAAACGAAAGUCCACGAAAUCGACGGCUUCCGACGGGAAGGCGUACGGUCCCUGGUACGAUCUGUGGGGAACGGAAUCUUCGAUGCCGAGUCAAAAGUAGAGGAGCUUAAUUUUAGUUCAUAAGAAAAUGUGCCCGGUAGUGUAGGUUCCGGCCUGCACAUCAAAUGCAAAUUAAUCGUAAAUUAAGCAAAUUGAAUAAGCUUCCAACUAAUCUUACCCUAAAUCAAUAACUUUUAAUUUAAAGUAUACACACAUACAUAAGCCAAAUCACCCAUACUGCACACACAGCCACCAACCUCACUCAGAUAACACUAACCGAGGUUAGUCAAUCUUUAUCGCUGGCGUAAAGAUUGAGAUUAAACCCACACAUAUAAAGUACAGUAAUGUUUUUUUCAGAAGCUUUUCUUCGCAGUCGCAAACUGAAACGUAGCAAUCUAACGUACAAAGUAUAAGCUCAAUCCGGAACCAAUCACGUCGUACAAUUCUAUGCUGACCUAAUGAAAAGAGACAAACUGAAACACACAAUCAGAAAAUCGCGCUCAAUUUGUUUUACACUUCUUUUAGGAUAGAACAACCUUCUUUAUGUUGUAGCAUUAUUGUUAUCCAACGUUGAGUUUAGUAAGAUUUUUAAUUCAUUGUUUUUACAUACUAAUUCAAUUAGGAGAGCCAUCGAUCGGUUUGAAAUCGACAAGCAUGAAGUUUUGGUGCUCAGUUUAAAUAUUGGAACGAAAGCAAGCAUGGCAUAAGAAUAGAAAGCAAAAUAAAAUUACUUUGGUUGAGGUCUUUUCUAAAUGUCGAACGCAAACAAAAAUUUAUUUCCCUCUAGCUAGUGCGUAGGUGAUAUCGUAACCCUUAUUCAGUUAGUCAGUAUUUUUAAAUAACAAGCGAACGGGUUGCCCCCCAAAAAAGACAAUUUAUUCUAGUUUUACCAGUACCAUUUAGAAAAUGCAACUAGAGUUUAAGAGAGUAUUAUAUUUUUUGUUAGACUAAAUGAAUCAUUAAAUUCGUUAUUGUUUAUAAAGUGCCAAUCAACACGUAGUGAAGAAAAGUUUGAUCGAAGCAACGUAUCAGAGAUAGCGCCUUUCAGUAGGCAACACGAGAGCGUGGUGAGCGUAGCUAUUGCUCGAUCGUCGAUCGCAUGAGAAGCGAUGAAAUAGGUGAAAGAUUUCAACAGAGCUGUCCAGGGCGAAGCAGUCGGAAGACGUGCUUGUUUCAUUCUUUGUUAUAGUUUUCUAGAAUUUAGGUUGUAAGAAAAAUAGAUUAACUGUGUAAUUUUUACCAUUUUAGUUAUGAAACAGUGUACAUUCGUGUUUUUUAAUAGGGGUUUAAGUUCUAUUAUUGUCAGUUUACUUGCAGCGUAAUUUAUGUCACAAUUGUAAUAAACAUCGAGUUGUAAUUAACAUUUUGUGGAAAUAAAAUUAUUUUACUCAA